ACGUGGCGCAGCAGGCUGGCCCAGAGUUCCCCACGGAGGACAUCUUGGCUGGCCCAGAGUUCUCCAUGGAUGACUUCUUGGACGAGCGACGCUUCCCGUCUGCGUUCGACCUUGACUUUGGAGCCUUCUUCGCGGUCGCGGUGGAUCAGCUCAAGAUUGGCGUCGCGACUGUGGAGAAGUCGCUCUUCGCAGAGGCGACGGCCAAGGUGGACUCGCCCAAGGCAGAGCACGCGCAGCUGGCAGCGAGGCCGGCGGCCAAGCAAGGGCGCGCAUUGGGGGGCCGGGAAAUGGAGCUGCCGCGGGAAUGCCUCAGCAACCAGCGCACGCGCCCCCAGCUACCACGGGCGCGGCUGCCCCUGCCGAGCCCGAUGCUGGAGCUCCGCGCGCAGCCCGCCAAAGGGCAGGCCGCUCUCGCUGCUGAUUCGCCGGCGGCGACUGCGGCUGCGACGGCGGCCCGCCCGCUCGCCGGCGGG